GUCGCAACGGUCCGGAAGAUGUCGCUCUGGCCAGUCCUAAAAAACUUCCGCCUUAACUUGUAAAGAAAACAUAGCUGCUGUAAAAAAAAAAAAAAAAGGGAUUUUUUCGGACGACGUAAGCGCCCCUGUUUAAGGGGUCCGAACACAGGUCGUCGUCCUGUGGAGAGCACUUUUUUUUUUUUUUAAAAGAGCAUGCAUGUGUGUGUGUAUAUGUGAUUGAGUUUGUUUGGGUGUGUAUGCGUGCGUGCGUGUGCGUGCAUGUGUGUGUGUGCGUGUUACCCCCCCGACCGCCAUUUGACAGAGAGCCACUCCUCCCUGGAGGAUGACAAUGGAGGAGAUGAAGAAUGAAGCGGAGACAAACUCGAUGGUAUCCAUGACACUCUACACUGUGAUGUACCCCGUCUUUAACGAGCUGGAGAGAAUCAACCUAUCGGCAGCUCAGACUCUCAGAGCAGCCUUCAUCAAGGCAGAGAGGGAGAACCCCGGCCUGACGCAGGACAUCAUCAUGAAGAUCUUGGAGAAGAAGAACGUCCAAAUCAACUUCACUGAAUCCCUGCUGCGCAUGGCUGCCGACGACGUGGAGGAGUUCAUGAUCGACCGGCCCGAGCAGGAGUUCCAGGACCUGAAUGACAAGGCCCGAGCGCUGAAACACAUCCUCAGCAAAAUCCCAGACGAGAUCAAUGACAGAGUACGCUUCCUACAGACUAUAAAAGACAUAGCCAGCGCCAUUAAAGAGCUUCUGGACACGGUCAACAACGUCAUUAAGAAAUAUCAGUACCAGAAUCGCAGAGCCCUGGAGCAUCAGAAAAAGGAGUUUGUGAAGUACUCGAAAAGCUUCAGUGACACCCUCAAAACCUACUUCAAAGAUGGAAAGGCGAUAAACGUCUUCAACAGCGCAAAUCGGCUCAUCCACCAAACCAACCUCAUACUGCAGACCUUCAAGACUGGGGCCUAGCACAGUGAGGACCACGCAGUCCGUGGGGAAACCCCCCACCCCAACCCUGCAGAGGCGGUAAUGGGUGGUAAUGGCUGCUUGGGUGGGCAUGGGAUUCGUGCUUGGAGCGCCUGACCCAUAUUUGUAAAUUAGAAGGAGAUGAUUUUAGGGUUGGGGGUCCUCAGCAGGAGAGACUGAAAAGUGCCAUUUGUAUAGUCAAUGAGGAUUUUCCAGUCUCCAGCUGAAAUAGGCCCAAAAGUCUGCUUGUUUGAUUUUAUUUGGACAGUUUUAAUUUAUAACCCUGAUCCGUUUUUUUUUUUUUCGUGGAGUAGUUUGAGGCGAGGUGUUUAUUAAAGACUAAUUGCCAUUUUUCUAAUAUAUACAUGUUGAUCAUUUUACGUCAAAAAAAUAAAUAAACAAACAUUGCAACAAUUCUAGCUACAUGUAAGAGAAAGCGUCCAUUUUGUGUCCUCGUCGCACGGGCAGAUUGACAAGUCUGGGAGGCGGCCGUUUUAAGACCCCGAAUUUCAGUCCUCUUCGUUUAUCUUGACCACCGCAAUGCCAAAUGACUUCCAAGCACUGUGUUGUGCACCUUACUUCUUCUCAUCAUCAUAAUAAAAAGUCCUGCAACAUUCCCUUCUUUUCAACAGAGUGUCUUUACAAGCCAAGACGCUGUCCUCGCUGUUGGAGGUUGUAAAGAGAGAGAAAUUCUGUAUUUAACUUAUCCUGGUUGCAAAUGUUCAAUAAAUAGUGUCCAAAUGA